AUAACAUGCCCAUCAUUAAAAUUCACGCUCGUCAAAUCUUCGAUUCUCGUGGUAACCCUACAGUUGAAGUUGACCUUACAACUGAGAAAGGAGUUUUUCGCGCAGCUGUUCCCUCUGGUGCAUCCACUGGAGUUCACGAAGCUUUGGAGUUACGAGACGGUGUCAAGGCCGAUUAUGUUGGAAAAGGUGUAUUGAUCGCAGUUUCUAAUAUAAAUCAUAAGAUCGCCCCUAAACUCAUCGAGGCUAAUUUGGAUGUCAAAGAUCAAACGGCAGUUGAUGACUUUCUCUUGAAUUUGGAUGGAACCAAGAAUAAAUCAAAUCUUGGUGCCAAUGCGAUUCUUGGCGUAUCACUAGCUGUCGCAAGGGCCGGCGCUGCUGAAAAAGGGGUUCCGCUCUAUCAACACAUCGCAGAUAUCGCAGGAAGUAAAAAACCGUUUGUACUUCCUGUACCUGCAUUUAAUGUUAUCAACGGAGGUUCUCAUGCCG